AUGAACGCGCCGCUGGACGGUCUGUCGGUGGGCUCGUCCUCCACCGGCUCGCUGGGCUCGGCGGCCGGGGCGGGCGGCGGCGGGGGCGCGGGGCUGCGACUGCUGUCUGCCAACGUGCGCCAGCUGCACCAGGCGCUGACCGCGCUGCUGAGCGAGGCGGAGCGGGAGCAGUUCACGCACUGCCUGAACGCCUACCACGCGCGCCGCAACGUCUUCGACCUGGUGCGCACCCUGCGCGUGCUGCUGGACAGUCCGGUCAAGCGGCGCCUGCUGCCGAUGCUGCGGCUGGUCAUCCCGCGCUCCGACCAGCUGCUCUUCGACCAGUAUACGGCGGAGGGCCUCUACCUGCCCGCCACCACCCCCUACAGGCAACCCGCCUGGGGCGGCCCCGACGGCGCGGGGCCCGGGGAGGUGCGUCUGGUGAGCCUGCGGCGCGCCAAGGCCCACGAGGGUUUGGGCUUCAGCAUCCGCGGGGGCUCGGAGCAUGGCGUGGGCAUCUAUGUGUCGCUGGUGGAGCCGGGCUCUCUGGCUGAGAAGGAGGGGCUGAGAGUCGGGGACCAGAUUCUGCGUGUCAACGACAAAUCCCUGGCCCGAGUGACCCACGCUGAGGCCGUCAAGGCUCUCAAGGGCUCCAAGAAGCUGGUGCUCUCCGUGUACUCAGCGGGGCGCAUCCCCGGCGGCUACGUCACCAACCACAUCUACACCUGGGUAGACCCCCAGGGCCGCAGCAUCUCGCCGCCCUCAGGCCUGCCCCAGCCCCACGGCAGCGCCCUGCGGCAGCAUGAGGGUGACAGGAGGAGCACCCUACACCUCCUGCAAGGCGGGGAUGAGAAAAAGGUGAACCUGCUGCUGGGGGACGGCCGGUCCCUGGGCCUCACCAUCCGCGGGGGAGCGGAGUACGGCCUGGGCGUUUACGUCACCGGCGUGGACCCGGGCUCCGAAGCAGAGAGCAGCGGGCUCAAGGUCGGGGACCAGAUUCUGGAGGUGAAUGGGCGGAGCUUUCUCAACAUCCUGCACGAUGAGGCGGUCAGGCUGCUCAAGUCAUCCCAGCAUCUCAUCCUGACCGUGAAGGACGUCGGGCGGCUGCCCCACGCCCGCACCACCGUGGAUGAGACCAAGUGGAUCGCCAGUUCCCGGAUCGGGGACGCUGCCGCCAGCUGCCCAGGGUUUCCCGGGGAUCUCACAGCAGAAGGGACCAACAAGCUGGGGUUUUACAAGGGGCCAGCCGGCUCCCAGGUGACCCUGAGCAGCCUGGGGAACCAGACGCGGGUGCUGCUGGAGGAGCAGGCGCGGCACCUGCUGACCGAGCAGGAGCGUGCCACCCUGGCCUACUACCUGGAGGAGUACCGCGGUGGCAGCGUGUCCGUGGAGGCCCUAGUCAUGGCCCUGUUCGAGCUGCUCAACACCCAUGCCAAGUUCUCGCUCCUCUCCGAGGUGAGAGGCACCAUCUCCCCCCAAGACCUGGACCGCUUCGACCACCUGGUACUGAGACGGGAGAUCGAGUCCAUGAAGGCACGGCAGCCCCCGGGUCCUGCAGGCGGGGACACCUACUCCACGGUCUCCUAUAGCGACACGGGCUCGUCCACAGACAGCCACGGCACCUCCACCACCGUCAGCUCGGCCAGGGAGCGGCUGCUGUGGCUUAUAGACCUGAUGGAGAACACUCUGGACCUGGAGGAGACCGGGGAGGCCGUCCAGGGCAAUGUGAACACCCUCUCUGACGUUUCUCUGGAUGAUGUCAAGUUCACCUCCAAGGGGCUGCCUAGCUACAAGCCACCGCCUCCCCCACCCCCUCUGACCCAAGGCCACGACCACCUCCUCAUCCAGCCGAGGAAGCCGGGCAGAGAGGACCUCCAGCCGCCUUCCUCCGCAUCUUCCCACUCGGGCAUUGUCUUCUCAGCUCCGCGGAACUGCAGCCCGCCAGCGGGCACCGCUCCUGUGCCGGAGGCCCCCACAGCACAGGACUCACCCUCCUCCCCCCUCUAUGCCUCCAUCUCCCCAGCCAACCUGGGCUGCAAGAGGCCGCUGGACACCCACCUGGCCCUGGUCAACCAGCACCCCAUCGGCCCCUUCCCGCGGGUCCAGUCACCCCCGCACCUGAAAAGCCCCCCUGCAGAGGCCACGCUGGCCGGUGGUGGCCUUCCCCCAUCCUCCCCCUCUGGCCGCCCGGACCAGGCGGGCACGAACCAGCAUUUUGUCCUGGUGGAGGUGCACCGCCCGGACAGCGAGCCAGAUGUGAAUGAAGUGAGGGCGCUGCCCCAGACACGCACCGCCUCCACGCUCUCCCAGCUCUCAGAUAGCGGGCAGACGCUGAGCGAGGACAGCGGCGUGGACGCCGGCGAGGCGGAGGCCAGCGCUCCGGGCCGAGGCAGACAGACCGUGUCCACCAAGAGCAGGAGUAGCAAGGAGACGCCUCGGAACGAGAGGACCCCCGAGGGGGCCACCAAACCCCCCGGGCUCUUGGAGCCCACGUCCACCCUCAUCCGCGUGAAGAAAAGUGCGGCCACCCUGGGCAUCGCCAUCGAGGGUGGUGCCAACACCCGCCAGCCCCUGCCUAGGAUCGUCACAAUUCAGCGAGGCGGCUCAGCCCACAACUGCGGGCAGCUCAAGGUGGGGCACGUGAUCCUGGAAGUGAAUGGGCUGACACUUCGGGGCAAGGAGCACCGGGAGGCCGCGCGCAUCAUCGCGGAGGCCUUCAAGACCAAGGAGCGAGACUACAUCGACUUUCUGGUCACCGAGUUCAACGUGCUGCUCUAG